AUGGACACAUUAGCGCAGGUCCUCACGCUUGGCACGGCCUUUAUUAUCUUCCUCGCCAUUUUCCGGCGAAGCAUUUGGCACGGCCGUGCUCCGGCGAGGCCGACAUUGGUCGAGAUCAGUGACUCUGCCGUCGCCCGCACAGCGCUGAUCGACCAUGCCGACGCCUUCUCGAACCACCUGCUCACGCUGUUCCCAGUGGCCUUGGUCACCGGGCAACGCCGCCGCCGGAGCGACAGCAUCAGCUCCACGCAGUACGGCCCGCUCUGGCGUGUGCUCCACUGCAACUUCACCUCCGAGGCUCUGCACCCGUCACGCUUCGACCAACUGAGCCCGCUGCGGCGGGAGUCCGUGGCGGACCUCGUCCCAUGGCUGUCCGCGAGGGUCGCCGUCGGCGACGGCGGCGGCGAUGUGGUCGUUAUCAGAGACAGCGUGCACGCGGCCGUGUUCGCGAUGGUUGGCGCUUGUGCUUGGCGACCUCGUGGCGACGCGGUCCACCCCGCUAGCCAUGCGGCGCGUGAUGCAGCAGAUUCGUGCGUGCCAUAG